AUGAGGCUCAGGAGGCUGGCUUUGGCCAUGACUUCCGCUCAGCGAAAGGUGGCCCUUUCCGAUCUUUCCACGGAGCUGAAAGCAAUGCUCCUGGAUUUCAUGACGACCUACGGGAAGACAGGAGUUCCGACAGAAGCCACGACACCGGAAGGAUCUGAAGGUGCCAAAGAUGCUAAAGUCUUCGAGGAGUUGGAUCCAACGCUGCAGUGUCCAGCCUCCAGCUCUGACGAGACGAGCGAAGAUUCCAAGGAAGAGCCUGCUGUGGAUCACUUGGAGCAUCUUUCGGAUGUGAGCACUGUCUGGGUAGCACCAAAAACGCAAGGAGAAGCUCCUGACCUCAGCCUGGACGCCCAUCUCUCAGACUCUUCGUCCUCUGCGCCCUUGGCGUUAGAGGAUGCGGAUGGACACGCGGGACAUGCGACGCCCAAAAAGAAGCGAGCUUACGGCUGCACUGGGAUGAGAGGUGUGAGCCGCCGUAUCGAUUCCAAAACCAGCAGGGUGUCGUAUCAAGCCUCUGUGUCCUUUGAGAAUGUGAUCUUUCGAUCCAAGUACCGCCAUGACAUUCAGGGUGCACUCGACCAUCAUAUCGUGUUGAUGCAGAUCCGCAACGAAGUGGAACAAGCCAUGCUGGAUGCCCCCCAGCGGAGUUUCGAUGAGAUCUGCCUCAGUGCCUGUGAUGCGAGAGCCUCUGAGCUCAAGGAGAUGAAUGCCGCAUACUGCGUGGAUAUGCGAGCAUUUAGUAUCAAGGUGGGAUCACCUAGCAGUAGCUGCCUGCGGGAAGUCUUGCAAGAUCGACAGCGAAUGUUGCAGGCAAGAGAUGCUGGAGAGCAGGCUUUCUGUGAAGAGUUGGUGUCUGUGAUGACGGCUGAGCGUGAGAACGUCUACAAAAGCCGGCCCGCUGUCUCUCUGGAAAGGGCCCAAGAGGUAGCGCAGAAGUUUAUGGAGGAUGUGCGCAGCAAGCGCAAUCUGCGGGAGAAGAGGUUGGAAAUGAUUCAGAAGCAAAAGGAAGACAAGGAGACCAGGGCCCAAGAACGGCGUCAGCGACGUUUGGAGAGGAAGACCAUGACUUUGCAACAGCGCUGGUUGUGCGCCACAGCCCUGGCUGAGCGACGCUUGACCGCCAUGACCAAGCGGCGGUUGAAGCAGGAGAAACGCGAAGUGAGAGCCAUGCGGCUGGAGGACACCCUGGCUUUGCGCCUGCGCGAGCAUGAACGCAAAGCGAGAUGUCGAGAGGAAGAUCAAAGAAGGCAGAAGUUGAGGAAACAACUGCGAAGUCCCGCCAGUUUAAAAGAUCUGACUUUUGCACAGCAACAAGAACUGGGAGCCAUGGUGGACCCUGGCGCCUUCCGUCUUGCCUAUGACACCGAGAACAUCUGCAACUACCUGGAGGAAUGGUGGCGUGCGGAGGGCCCCAGGAUGCAGGCCACGCCCAAGGCGGCUGUUGACAUGAUCGCGGGGAUGGAGAAGCAGGAACGAAUUCUGGUGAUCGACUUUGGCUCUCAGGUGAGCCAUCUCAUUUGUCGUCGCGUGCGAGAGGCAGGCGUCUACUGCGAACUGAGGUCUUGCCUGCUGAAGCUGGACGAUGUGACCGGCUUUCACCCCAAUGGCAUCAUUCUUAGUGGUGGCCCCCACUCGGUCUAUGACAAGGACGCUCCCCAUCUCAGCCAGGAGAUCUGGAACUACAUCGAUGAGAAGAAACUGCCAGUCUUUGGCAUUUGCUACGGCCUUCAGGAGAUGUGCCACACACUCGGUGGCAAGGUGGAGCCAGGUGUCAAGCGCGAGUUUGGCCAUGCCGACUUGCUCAUCAGGGAAGAUGUGGCACAUCUGAGUGCUGACGGAUCCAAGAGGAUCAAGGGCCGCAGUCCCAUCUUUGAGGGCAUCAGCACAGAGAAAGUCCCGGUCUGGAUGAGCCACGGCGACAAGGUCACACAGCUGCCUCCUGGUUUCACUUCAAUUGCUUACACCUCCAACACCGAAUUUGCCGCCGUGGAAGAUCAGGCACGUCACAUCUAUGGUGUGCAGUUUCAUCCAGAGGUGACCCACACGCCCAGUGGAGCCACCAUGAUCAAGAACUUCGUGCUGAAGGUGGUAGGCUGCAAGGGUGAGUGGAACAUGCAUGACUUCUGCCAGAAGCAAAUUGAUAUCAUCAUGAACAAAUUGGAGGACGAAAGCGGAGACGAGUUCGGUGCCGAUUUUUUGUUUUGGCAACGGGUGGUUGACGUGGGAGUGGACAAAUAUGUGGUGGGUGCCGUGAGCGGAGGUGUUGACUCCAGCGUCGCUGCCGCAUUGGUGCACAAAGCGAUUGGAGAUCGCUUUCGACCCUUUAUGGUGGACACUGGACUGCUUCGCAAAGAUGAGGCCAAGAUUGUGAAGGAGCGCUUGGAGAAACACAUCCCUGGUAUGAAGCUCAAGGUUCUGGAUGCCAGCGGCGAUUUCUACAAGGAGUUGGUCCGAGGGCCCGGCCUGGAGGGUCUCCACGGUCUCCACGCUGGCGUGGAAGAGCCCGAGAAGAAACGAAAGAUCAUCGGAAGGUUGUUCGUGGAGGCCUUUGAAAAGGCCGUCUCUGAAAUGGGCUUGCCGCACGAGAGGUGCUUGUUACUGCAGGGAACGCUGUACCCAGAUGUCAUCGAGUCCACCUCCUAUAAAGGACCAUCCAGCGUCAUCAAGACUCACCACAACGUUGGUGGCCUCCCUGACAGAAUGAAGAUGGAGGUUAUUGAGCCCCUGAGACUACUCUUCAAGGACGAGGUCCGAGCAUUGGGAAAUGAGCUUGGACUUCCAGUGACAUCCGUUAUGAGGCAUCCCUUCCCUGGACCUGGUCUCGGUAUCCGCAUCAUCGGCGAGGUGGACAGCCAUCCCUGUUCGGAGGUCACUAAGGAGAGCGCGGACACCUUGUCCUUGGCCGAUGACAUCUAUAUCGAGGAGCUCCGAAAGAAUGGUCAUUAUGACAAGAUCGGUCAGGCCUUUGCAGUUCUGCUCCCAACGGUGCGUUCCGUGGGUGUGAUGGGUGACCACAGGACAUACGAGAACGUCUGCGUACUGAGAGCAGUGACCACCACGGAUUUCAUGACCGCGGAUUGGUACGACAUGCCACAUGAUGUGCUGGCGCGCAUCUCAAAUCGUAUCAUCAACGAGGUCAAAGGCAUCAAUCGCGUCUGCUAUGACGUGUCCUCCAAGCCUCCCGCAACCAUCGAGUGGGAGUGA